GUACUAUUAAACAUGAUCUAUUAAUCUCUGGUUAUUAAAAAGUAACUGACCUAUAUCAUUAACCGUCAGUAAAUUUCUCUGAGGUGAAACCACAGUAUGUCUCGCAUUUGUAAGAAGGAACCUGCUGUGUGCUCAGAUGAACCACUUUCCAACAGUAACAUCUGCCAAAAGAUGGCUCUUUUGAGAAAUAUACUCAGUACUGCCUACGGACCUACUGGCAGACUGAAACAAAUACACAACAAUGUUGGAGGCUACAUCUUAACAACUUCAACCUCUACAGCCCUGCUCAAGUGAGUGGAUAAGUCUGAGCCGCUUCUCAAAAUGAUCUCAACUGCUGUUCAACAUCACACCACACAGUACAAUGACUCUGGGCUGUUUAUGGGGAUUCUGAUGCUAGAAAAUACACAAAAAUAUAACCUCAGGACAUUUGCAGCAGCCAAGGUUUACAAACACAUUGUGGAAGAAUGUAACACAUAUCUUAAAGGAGACUCUUGUGGUUGUAAGCAGAGGUGGGUGCCAGUAGACUUCACCAGCUAUGAUUCACUCAUUGCACUGGCCCACAGCAUGAUCACCAGCAAACCAGCCUGUAUGUUGAAUAGCAAGGAAACGCAGCAUAUCAGUUCACUGAUCGUACAGGUCUUCCUGUAUUCCAUCCCUUGCAACUCUUCCGGUGUGACCUGCUUUGGAAGGACAGUCACCAUCGGCACUGAGGGUGUGAGCGAUUCUUCUGUUUUCACAGGACUGCUGGUGGAUGUCCCUGAAAUGCUUCAGACUGUGGAUCUUAAGAGACUGGGAUCUGGUCCAUUUAAGGUAGUGGUUUUCAACGUAUCACUGUCAGGUGAUAUUUCUGAUCUUGAAGAUGUUGUUUUAGAGAUCCAUAGGGGAGUGGACACAGAGCGUGAUCUCCUUCAGCAGCUCCUGAAGAUUGGGGAACAAGUUGUUAAGGACAAAGUGAGAUUAUUUGCAUGCCAAAAAGUAGUGCAUCCUAUUCUGCAGGACUACUUAAGGAAACAUGGAGUGGCCGUGAUCGAGAGGCUUGGACUUGCUCUGAUCGAACCAUUUGUCCAGAUAUCAGGCUGUCGCUUCCCGGCGGAAGCUUACGGGAUUGUUAAAGGAUUCUGUUUCCAGUCAUGUGGAUCCAGAGAGCUGCUCCAGCUCCUUCCUUCUAAAGAUGCUGCUGUUAGCACCAUGGUUCUUUCCCACAGAAAUGAAACUACGCUGGAAGAACUGAAAAUGACAUGCCAAAGGGCAGAACAUGUGUUGCGACUGACUCUGAGGGAGCCCUACACCCUGCUUGGAGGAUUCUGCACAGAGACACUGCUGGCCACCCACAUCAAACACAUGAAUCAGUCCAAAGCCGCAACAACAGCUGCAGCUCUGUGCGUCCCUCAGUCUGAGGUUCUCAUGGCAGUCGAGGCAUUCUGCAACUCUCUGCAAUUUGUGGCUCUUUCCUUAGUGCAUGAUGGACAGGGCUGUCUCAUUGACCUGAUAUAUGCACAUCGCUGAGUCCCAGAUAUAUUCUCCAAAACCUGUGGCUGUGGCCUGGUGGAGGACAGAUCCAACCUGAAGAAGACCCUUCUAAAUACAGUUUACCACUCUUUCUCCUCUGUUUCCCUGGAAAACACUGACAAUCAGCCCAGAAUAUUAGAUUCAUUUUCUGCCAAGGUUAACGCUUUGAAUGUGGCAGUCGAGAUGGCUAAUUUUGUUUUUGAUGUAAAAUAUAUAAUUAAGGAUAACAAUUGA